GUGUUUGACAACACAGUAAUCCUGCCAACACCCUCGUACUCGACACCCAACGUGUUACCGACACCGGAACACCAGAUCCACGUACAACCGCAUCAUCCAAGUCCAGACUUGUUCGAGGAUGAAUCACCACCAUCAUCUGCCCAGUGGAUGGACGAACGGAUUGCCAACGCGUUCGGACAAGCCUGGACCCAGUCACCACCAGCCACUCCACGAAAACAAUAUGCACCCACAUGGUACAAUUGUGACACGGAAACCGUACCCAGCGAUGAAUCAUCAACAACAUCGGAAACAGGUCCAGACAAGCUUUGGACUUUCAUCUACCGAGGACCGCCACCGAAAUUCACCAUCAAUAGCCGGGUCAACUGUCUGUGGGCGGACCACACCGACCAUUUUCACUUCGUGUUCAAAUGCCAUCCGAACAACAAGCGAAGAACUAUACAAAGAAUCAUCCAGGCAGGCAACCUGGAUACCAUGCAAAAUGUGUCCAUCCUAUCCACAUGUCAACCAGUCAUCAACUGGGACAAGUUUGCCGCUUACUUGGUCCGACAUAGCACAAAUUGCAUCUAUUGCAUUGGCCGGGAACUCGAACAACUCGCCACUGACGCUCGUUCAACAACACGAGCGGAGCAAGAUUGUUCAACGCUCCUUCGAAAUGAUAGAGCGCAAGGCCAAAAAUUCACCAACCUGAAACGGAAAGCCCGAGUAGAUCUCAUCCGUGAAUUGGUAGAAACAUAUGAUGCACGAACCUUAGCCGAACUCAAGGAUGCCUUAAGCUAUGAUGACAGACUAAACCUCUACGCCGAACAUGGACCCAGCUGGAAAGAAACAGCGGAAUUAGCAUGUGAGGCCUAUGUGGAAAAACUACGCAAAGACCAGGAGACAACCUCAUUGCAUGAAUACAUAGCCAGGAACAACCACAAUCGGACCUGCCAAAAGCCCAGGUCAACCGACGAAGGUUGCCGCUGGCUAGACCGACUACUGGCCGUGAACAACAUAGACAAGAACAAAUUCCUUACCCAACUCACCGAUAUAAUGAACAAGAAAGAAAACAGAGUAAAUGCCUUUGUAAUCCAAGGACCAACAACCACAGGCAAGUCCUUGAUGUUAAAUCUCCUCACGGAGAAUUACAUCUACGGAACAGUCCAGAGGAGUGGAGACCACUCCCAGUUCUACCUCAUGAACUUACUAAACAAGGCAGUUGCGCUUAUGGAAGAACCCAGGAUUACGCCAUUAACGGUCAACGACUUCAAAGAACUCCUGGGAGGAAGACAAUUCGAUAUCCAUGUGAAACACCAACCCGAUGCCCGGCUCAGACGCCUACCCGUCCUCAUUUCUACCAAUACCGACAUAUGUCAGUAUUUACAAUCCGAGGACGCGAAGGCCAUCAAGGCGCGAUGUUUUUACUAUCACUUCACUGUUCCCAUCCCUUCGGCUCUUCUUCCCGAGCCACCCUGUAUGAUGUGUGCAUGCCACUUUCGGGCAUGGUAUUUAAAUUGGUUUUAUAAUAAAUAA